AUGGGAGGGGUGGACCUGAGCACCAUGCUCGACAGCAACAACCCGGCCGCCGCAAUGCUGCUGUCGCUCGUCUUCCAGUUCGCGAUGAGCAUGGUGGGGACUGCGGCGCCCGGCGGGGCCGCCGGGCACGCCGCCCCGCCCCCGUCCCUGCAGCUGCUCGCGGUGCUCAUGAACCUGUUGGUCGGGAUCAUCUGCAACAGCGUGGCUCAGGCGACCCAGCACGAGGAGCUCAAGGCCCUGCUGUCACGCGCUCAGGUGAUCGACGAGCUGGAGUCUGCCAUCCCCAGCUGGGCGGAGCGGCUGCUGCCCAAAAGCUACUAUCCAGAGUUUGUGCACGUGCUCCGCCUGGACCCAAAGUCCUUCGACGCCGUCGGCACCCCCCACAUGUGGCGCCGCGCCACCGCCGAGCCCGGCCCCUCGCCCGCGGCCAACGGCGGCGGCGGCGCGUCCGGCGCGCCCGGCGGCGGCGCGGGCAGCGCGCAGCAGUCACAGGAUCUGGCGGAGAUCCUGUCGGCGAUAACCUCGCUGCGGUCCGAGGUUGCGACGCUGACCGAUCUGCUGCACACCGCGGUCCCGUCGCUGCCGGCGUCGCCAGAUUUUAGUCCGGAGCGGCGGGCGGGGCUCACUCGGCAUUGA